CAUCAUGGCGGCCCUGACGGAGGAGGCGCUGGACGGCUACGCCGGCCUGGCCCCGGCCUACAGCCCCUACUCGCCCUCCCCCUAUUCCUACCGCUGUCCGGCCGCCCCCAAGGCCAAGCCGGCGGCGCGGACCGGGGGCUGGAGAGCCCGGGGAGGGGCCGGGGGGUAUUUCUCCCCGGCCCCGGGGCUGUCCGGCUUCGGGGACGCCACGGCGGCCGACUACCUGGACGGCUUCCAGCGGGCGCAGCUCAAGGCCCUGCUGGCCCAGGUGAGCCCGGGACUGGGGCUGGGCCAGGGCCAGGGUCAGGGUCCGCGCCCCCGCCGGCCCAGCAGCCGCGACGUGGCCGUGCAGGUCAACCCUCGCCGCGACGCCUCGGUGCAGUGUUCCCUGGGGCCCAGGCCCCUCCCCCGCCGCGGACGCCCCCCGGGCCCGGCUCCGGCCUCGACGCCCCCCGCCCAGCCCCGGGGCCCGGAGCCGGCCAGUCCUGGGGGGGGCGGCGGCCCCAGGCCCGCCCGCUUCCCACGCACGCUGGCCGUCUACUCGCCCAUCACCAGUCGACGCCUCACCCCCUGCCUGGCCACCCCCGGGGGUCGCCAACCCACCGCGGGGGAAGCCCCCCAGCCUCGGGAGGAGGAGGAGGAGGAGGCGGUGCGGGUCAGCUGGGAGCAGCCGGCCGGGGCGGGGGGCGGCCCGCAGCCCCGGGAGGCCCGAGGCGGGGACGAGGUGGCCCCCCCCGGGGGCAGUGGCGAGCCCCCCCAGGGCCAGCUCCCCGACCCCGAGGCCGAGCAGGGGGAGGGCGAGGCGGAGGAGGAGCAGGAGGACGGCGUGGAGGAGGAGGACGGAGGGGAAGAGGACGGGGAGGCCGCGGGAGCCGCGGACGAGGAGCGUCCGGCCCAGAGCAAGCCAAGGUUGCGCUUCCAGUUCUUGGAGCAGAAAUACGGCUUCUACCACUGCAAAGACUGCAAUAUCCGCUGGGAGAGUGCCUACGUGUGGUGUGUGCAGGGCACCAAUAAGGUCUACUUCAGACAGUUCUGCAGAACCUGCCAGAAGUCUUACAAUCCCUACCGGGUCGAAGAUAUCACGUGCCAAAGCUGCAAGCAGACGCGCUGCACCUGCCCGGUGAAGCUCCGCCACGUGGACCCGAAGCGGCCCCACCGCCAGGAUUUGUGUGGGAGGUGUAAGGGCAAGCGACUCUCCUGCGACAGCACCUUCAGCUUCAAGUACAUCAUCUGAGGGGCUGGGACCCUGCCAGUCUCCCUCCUGCAGACGCCACGGUGUCUGCCUUGUCUUGUCCCGUCCCCUUCGAAAAGAACUGGCUGUAGCUCAGGAAAAGCUAAUAAAGGUAUUGCAAAACA